CGGGGGGAAGUCCCAUGGUGGUUUAUGAGAGAAUCUUGAUUUUCCUGAUGAUACUGCUCUUUCAAGGAGAUGCAAAUACUGAUCCGAUUACAAUAUGUGUUCUUUAAGAAAACAAACAGCUUCAAAACAAAAACAAAUCUCAAAAGAACCCUAGCAAGGAGGUGCAGUAACCCAUUUCUAGCAAGGUGAUGUCCAAAAGGAAGGAAUGUUCCAGAUUACAAGUCAUCAGCUCAAAUGCUGCUUUUAUCUUCAUAUACACAGUUAUACAGGCAGGUGUUUACAUGUCUCAAAAAAACCACCUCGGUAAUGCAUGUAAAGAACUUGGACCUUAAUCAUCUUUUCAUGUUAUAACAGCCCUUUCUCUUUUGAAUUCGAGAAAGUUUGAGCGUUUUCCUCCUCUCUUGAGAAACCUCCUUUGUAUUAGAGCAAGUAGAAGAGUAUGCAGGAGAUUCUGAGUUUUCCACUGAGAACUGCCCCAAAAUGGGAGACGCUUGGGGGUUUUAUGACAUUGGGAACUACAGAAAUGACCCAGGAGGGAAGGAUUAGCUCAGAACGUAGAAAAGAGAAGUCAAGAGAUGCAGCGCGGUGCCGCCGGAGCAAGGAAUCGGAAGUGUUCUACGAGCUUGCUCAUCAGCUGCCCCUGCCCCACACCGUGAGCGCACACCUGGACAAGGCGUCCAUCAUGAGACUGACCAUCAGCUACUUGCGCAUGAGGAAGCUCCUAGAUGCUGGUGAGCUGGAGACAGAAGCCAAAAUGGAGAAGGAACUCAACUGUUUCUACUUGAAAGCUCUUGAUGGAUUUGUCAUGGUUCUGUCUGAAGAUGGGGACAUGAUUUACAUGUCUGAAAACGUGAACAAGUGUAUGGGACUCACUCAGUUUGAGCUGACGGGGCACAGCGUAUUUGAUUUCACUCAUCCAUGUGACCAUGAGGAGCUGAGAGAAAUGCUUACACACAGAAAUGGUCCUGUGAAAAAGGGCAAAGAGCAAAACACGGAGCGCAGCUUUUUUCUCAGAAUGAAGUGUACACUGACUAGCAGGGGACGAACAGUGAAUAUAAAGUCUGCUACGUGGAAGGUACUCCACUGCACUGGACAUAUUCGCGUAUACGACACGUGCGGUAAUCAAACUCACUGUGGCUACAAAAAGCCUCCCAUGACGUGUCUGGUGUUGAUCUGUGAACCUAUUCCUCAUCCGUCAAACAUUGAGGUCCCCUUGGACAGUAAAACGUUCCUCAGUCGUCACAGUCUUGAUAUGAAAUUUUCCUAUUGUGAUGAAAGAAUUACAGAGUUGAUGGGGUAUGAGCCAGAGGAACUCCUGGGUCGCUCUAUCUACGAGUAUUAUCAUGCAUUGGACUCUGAUCAUCUGACCAAAACACACCAUGACAUGUUCACAAAAGGGCAGGUGACAACAGGGCAGUACAGAAUGCUUGCGAAACAAGGUGGCUACGUUUGGGUUGAAACUCAAGCGACUGUUAUCUACAACACUAAGAAUUCUCAGCCGCAGUGCAUAGUGUGUGUAAAUUAUGUGUUGAGUGGAAUUGUUCAGAAGGACUUAAUUUUUUCCCUGGGACAAACUGAGUGUAUGCUGAAACCAGUGGAGUCUCCUGAUAUGAAAAUGACCAAAAUAUUCAGCAAAGAUGACCUGGAUGAUACCAACAGCCUUUUUGAAAAACUUAAGCAGGAACCAGAUGCUUUAACUGUGCUGGCCCCAGCUGCUGGAGACACAAUUAUCUCUCUAGAUUUCAGCAGUAAUGAGUCUGAUGAACAACAAUGUGAUGAAGUUCCUUUGUAUAAUGAUGUAAUGCUCCCCUCAUCCAGUGAGAAAUUGCAGAAUAUAAAUAUGGCAAUGUCCCCACUACCUGCCUCUGAAACUACGAAGCCACUUCGUAGCAACGCUGAUCCUGCACUCAAUAGAGAAGUUGUAUCAAAGCUGGAGCCAAACACAGAGCCGCUCGAACUUUCUUUUACCAUACCGCAGGCGCAAGAGCGACCGACCAGCCCUUCUGAUGCGAGUACCACCCAAAGUUCACCCGAGCCCAGUAGUCCCAACGACUACUGCUUUGAUGUGGAUAAUGAGAUGGCUAAUGAGUUCAAACUGGAAUUAGUGGAGAAACUCUUUGCAAUAGAUACAGAGGCAAAAAAUCCAUUCUCUACUCAGGAAACUGAUUUAGACUUGGAGAUGUUGGCUCCUUACAUCCCAAUGGAUGAUGACUUCCAGUUGCGCUCCUUUGAUCAGCUGUCUCCGCUGGAAAGCAGUUCUUCUGGCUCUCAAAACACGGCCACCAUUACCAUAUUCCAGCAGACUCAAACACCAUCAAGUACUGCUGAUGAAAUAAAACCAGUGACAGAACGUGUGGAUGAUGUGAAGACGCUAAUUGUUCCUUCAUCUCCUGUCCACAUAAUCAGCGAAACGAGUAGUGCCCCAGCAUCACCGUACAGUGGGAACAGGAGUCGGACCGCGUCUCCGAUCCGAGCGGGAAAGGGAACAGUGGAUCAGACGGAAAAAUCGUGUCCGGGAGCGCCCAGCUUGCUAACGGUCACGCUGAACAAAAGAUCUACUGCAAUGGAUGAAGAACUAAAUCCAAAGAUGCUAGCUUUGCAUAAUGCUCAGAGAAAACGAAAAAUGGAACAUGAUGGUUCACUUUUUCAGGCAGUUGGAAUUGGGUCUUUAUUCCAGCAGACAGGUGACCGUGGAGGAAAUGCAACACUUGCUUGGAAACGUGUAAAGGGAUGUAAAACAAACAGUCAUAACGGAGUGGAGCAAAAGACAAUCAUUCUAUUAUCAACUGACAUAGCAAGUAAACUUCUAGGGCAGUCGAUGGAUGAGAGUGGACUCCCCCAACUCACGAGUUACGACUGCGAGGUAAAUGCUCCCAUACAAGGCAACAGAAACCUGCUACAGGGGGAAGAACUGCUCAAAGCUCUGGAUCAAGUUAAUUGAGCUUUCACAAUACUUGUUCCUUUUUUGGACACUGGUGAAUCAUCACCUAAAGCAGUCUAUUUAUAUUUUCUAUAUCUGAUUUUAGAAGCCUGGCUACAGUACUGCACUAAUUCAGUUAGUUCAGUUUUGAUCCCCUUUCUACUUAUUUUGACAGUCUUUUUAAUAUGUUCUUUAUGUAACAAUAACUCAAAACUGUAGUGCAUUUUUAUAAUUCUUUGGUACAUACACUUUUAUGUCCAUUACAUUUAAAACACACUUGCAAUAGCAGCUUUGAAAUAUGCACCUGAUAUUAAAAAAAAAAACCUAUUUAUUUUUUGGCUGGGGAGUUGGUCACCAAAACUUAUCAUUAGUGAAACGUCAACACAGGUAAAACUGGCAAUACUUCCAUCCUGCUCUUCACAGGUGGUUGGAAGACUUGUGCUCUCUUACUCUUUAUGUUCAAGUAAGUUUUUUUUAUUUUAAUAGUUUUUAUAAGAAACAACAACGCUUUGCAGCAGUGCAUUGUAGCCACAAUCGCACAAUAUAUUUUCUUAAAAAAUACCAGCAGUUCCUCAUGCAAUAUAUUCUGCAUUUAUAAAAACUAGUUUUUAAGAAGAAUCUUUUUUUGUUUGCCUACGAAAUCAUGUUUAAACCAGGAUUAUGUCAUUAUUUUAGUCACGUUGUAAUAUAAAUUGUUCUUAAAUGCUGUCUGAUGCUUUUGACUUAAGUGAGUGUGGUUAGGCAAAGGAAAGGCUUUAUCUGGAAAGGGCUAGCAGCAUUUUAUUUGAAUACGUUCUCAAUUUAGAGAGAGUUUGAUGUUCUUAAAGUAGUCACUUUGCCAGCUUAAAAAAAAAUCCCUGCCUGUAGUUGUUGAAGUUAAUGCUAAUAUUGUGUAUGAUCUUAAAUCUAAAUGUUCAGCUUACCCUGUGUGGUAUAGGUGAUAUUUCAAGCAGAUUGUAAAACAUCUUGCAUUGUUAGCCAAGUUUUAUCUAGUACUUCAUUGAGUUGCUCAAUAUUUUGAUGUUUUGGUUUUACGCACCUUGUUGCUAUUAACAUCCAUAUGUUUUCAUGUAGAUUUCAAUAACUUGAAUAUAUUUAGAAGCCUUUUUAUUUAGAAAUAUAUAGUUGUCACAAACAUCUUAUUUUCCUAUAUGUACUGUACAAAACCUCCAUUCAUUCACUCGUUCUUUUGCUCUUUGUGGUUGGAUCUAACACUAACUGUAUUAUUUUCUUACAUCAAUAAACUAUAUGUGGACCAGGCCCCCUUGGGGAGUGUGUUAUCUGAGAGAAAUGAGAUAAUUUAUAUUUUUGUUAGUGGUUAUUGUUCAUCAAUGUUCCCCUUUUAAAACUUAGAGCCGAUUGGGAAUCACUGCUUCCUUAUUUUGAUUGUAACAUCUCCGCGUUAAUUAUUGAGCCUAUUCAGUACUGAAGUCUCCUAGACAGUGUUGUACUACCGCUCGCCAAAGAUGUUAAAUUUUGAAAUCUGUUAUCACACCAGUUAGCAAACUUGAAAGCGAGGAGAUGGCAUGUUUGGGUUGUGUUACAGUGGGAAGAUUUUUCCUAAUGAACAUCUUAAAGGCUUGUCUCUGGAAGCUCUAUCAAGGUAACACUGGAAAGCAGGACAAAGUAAAAAUUAUGGGAGUGAUCAAUUAAAGAUGGAUUUUUAUCACAAAACUGCAUGAUUAAAUAGUGAAGCUGGCACUUAAUGAUAAAGCGUGUUCUGCAUUCUUGUGCUGUUCACUCAGUAACUUUGACCAGGUGACUUUUCUCCUUUCCCUGUCUUAAAACACGAUGCUACUGAUACAACCUUGUAAUGUGUAAAUAGGGUGAAAACAGUCUGUGUGUUCUUCCAACUAUUUUAAUGAAACUUAGCUCAGUGUAAGAUGUGGAGCGUCAUGAGAAUUGUUUUGGCUUGUUUUGGAAACUUUGAUUUCAUUGGACUCUUUUGAAACCAAUAGAAUAGUAGAUUAUAUUGAGGGUGCUGAGGCAUUGGAACAGGUUGGCCAGAGAGGUGGUGGAUGAGCCAUCCCUGGAGACAUCCCAGGCCAGGCUGGACGGGGCUCUGAGCAACCUGAGCUGGUGAAGAUGUCCCUGCUCAUGGCAGGGGUGGCACUGGGUGAGCUGUGAAGGUCACAGAAUCACAGAAUCACAGAAUCGACUGGGUUGGAAAAGACCUCAGAGAUCAUCGAGUCCAACCCUUGGUCCAACUCCAGUCCAUUUACUAGAUCAUGGCACUAAGUGCCAUGUCCAAUCUCAGUUUAAAAACCUCUAGGGACGGCGAGUCCACCACCUCCCUGGGCAGCCAUUCCAAUGCCCGACCACUCUCUCUGUAAAGAAUUUCUUUCUAAUAUCCAGUCCUUCCAACACAAACUGCAUUCUAUAAUAAGCUUAAGCUGUUUUCUAAAAUUACUGUUUCACCGAAAGGAGCACUUCUCAAUAUGACACAAUUGUAUUAAUUAUACUUAAUUGGUAGCUAAUAGUCUCCAUUAAAAAAAGAAGAUAAGGCACUAGUAGUGGAGGAUAAUUGCACAUUUCUUAUGGUUUGAGUAGAAGUUGCAUGAAGAAGUACAGUACCGGCUGUUUAGUCAUCCCUUGUGCUCAGCUCUGCAUGGAGUGACCUGAUGCUUCUGUGAGAUGGUGAGGAGAGUCCUGUAGACAUGGGGAAGGUACCAGAGGGUUCUGCUUUGCUUCCUGCUCUGGCAAGCUUUGAGCUGCCUGGUGGGUUGUCCUUCUCCCCCAAGAGAAACUCCACACCUUCCUGCUUGGUGGUGGUUUGCUACUCUCUUGACCUCAUUUUGGAGGAGCCUGACCUGUUUGGAUCUGUCAGUUCCUCUUCAGUAUACUUAAAUUGAAGAGGGCUGCACUUUUUUUGUAGAGAAAAACCCAUUUUAAAAAGAGGAGGAAUAUUUAAGUGACCUGUGUGAUCUAUGACCCUGGUGUUAAUGACAGCAGCUGUGGAUUUCAAUGAGCCACGUUUCAUGUAAGAAUCUUCCCAAUUCUCACAUGUUUUAUUAUAUGUAAUAACACAGAGUAGCAUUUUGUUAACUGUCCUGGUAAAAGUGACUGAAAGCAGCAUUUAAUGGAAUGAACUGCAGUAGCUGUGUUGGUUUACUCUAGGAAAAAAAAGAAAAUGAACACAAUGCCAAACCAAAAAAAGAAGUGAAUCUCCUAGAGACACUGAAGAAAAAAUGGAAAGUAGCAAUUCCUCUGGCAUUGUAAGAGCUUUGCUAAAUGCAGAUGUGAGUUCACAAAAUCUGGAAGUGCACCUUUUAGCUGCUUUUUUGUUGUUUUGUUUUUUUGGGGGUGUUUUUAGACUCUAGGAAUACACAGCCUGAUUAUAAACCUACUUUGGAGUACAAACUUCUAGAAUACAUUCAUUUCGAAAUUUUUUUUAGCGAUUUUGAAUAAUUUUUGCUGGCUUGUUACCUUUUUAAAAUGUUGAGGUGCUAAAUUAUUGUGUUUAUUUUUCACCAGUAGUAAAGAAGAAACUGCAGGUAAAUACAGUGUUUCCUUCUGCAUAGGAAACAUGGUGCAUUAUGUGGAAAUUGAUAAACUGGGGAGAAUAACAAAGUUACCUCCCACAAAGUUAUUGUGACCACAGCAGUCAUCAAGCCAUGCUUUCUUCAUGGCAUAGCACAAUUAUUUUUACAAAUGGAUUCUUAAUUUGUUUUUACCAUUAAAAAUGCUUGUUAAAAGGUAAAGGAAUUUUUAAACUAGUAUUGAUGAUGGUGUCGUAUGUUCCUUUACCUGAAAAGGAAGUCCAAGAAGUCACUUCAAUCUGCUGUCCAGUAAUUCAGAAUCAUAAGAGUUGUCCUGAGUUGAAAGGGACCCACAAGGAUCAUUGAGUCCAGCUCCUGUCCCUGCACAGGACACCCCACAGUUCACACCAUGUGUCUGAGGGUGUUGUCCAGUCUCUUCUUGAACACUGUCAGGCUUGGGGCUGUGACACCUCCCUGGGGAGCCUGUUCCAGUGUCCAGCACCCUCUGGGUGAAGAACCUUUUGCUGAUGUCCAACCUGAACCUCCCCUGGCACAUCUUCCUGCCAUUCCCUCAGAUUCUGUUGGUGGUCACUGAAGAGAAGAGUUCGGCACCUGCCCCUGCUCCUUUUCUUGUGAGGAAGCUGUAACCAUGAUGAGCUCUCCCCUCAGUCUCCUCCAGGCUCAAGAAACCACCUUGCUCUCAGGUGUAACAUACUGAGUAAAUUAAGAUAGCCUGGAGUCCAAAGUACACCAUCCUGACAUACCUUCCUGCCCUCGAUGGAGACAGGCUUGGACUGUGUGUUGAUCUUUGAAAAGCUUGGGCUGAAAUGGAAGCAUUUAGCUAUUAAAUUUUCUCUCCUGUUGUGUCUGUGUACACACACUAAACUCCCCCCAAGUAAUUACGAGUUACAGAUUAAGGCCAGAAAGAACAAUUAAAACUUUAUAUUUAGCAUUGGUUGCAAUUUCAAGACUUUAAAGCUUAUUUUGAAUGAAUUAGUCAACUUGGCUUCCACUGAAAUAAAAGUGUAGGCAUUGAUAAUAUCUGAUGAUUACAGGUUAAAGUGCUGCAUAUUUAAACACCUCAACAGUGUAGCUAAAGGCAGAAAUGUUGGCUGUGUCACCAGUAUUGUCCACUGUCACAGUGCUGAAUGAACCGUUGUGUGGAAAUUGUGAGUAAAUGACCCUGGUGAACCAGGGCUGGAUGCGCCCCAGGUAACCCAUCUGUUCCUGUCCCCUCCCAUAGCUGCUACUGCAAACAAUAUACGUGUUGCUCAAACCUCACUGUGCUUACGUGCAUUAUUCAGUCUGUAAUUGCCCAGCAUGAAAACCAACAUUUUGCAGGCCAGGAGGACUUUUUAGAAAGACCAUUUUCCUAGAAAUUCCUGUGAGUUGCCUAUCCAGCUUUCAUUAAAAAUACCAUUAGCAAUUAGGCACUUGACUCCCUAGAAAGCUCCACUCUGGGGAACUGUUGAGUUUUGAUCCAAAUUCUAAAAAUGAGUUGUCAUUUUCCUUCUGCUUCCCUGUUUACCUUGAGCAAGGCUUCCCAAGUUACCAAAAAGUUAAAGAGUUUGCUACUGGAUUUAUACAGUAUGGUAGAUUUUGUGAAUAAUAGCAGUAUUCUCUCAUGAAGAAGUGGUAUAUUUUAAUGGAAUUCUUUUUUUGGAACCAAGUACAACGUCUUGCAAUUGAUAUUUCUCUUGAGACAUUUUGACAUCCUUGUGACUGUAUUUCUUUUUGAUUGUGUAACAGUAUAAAAUUCAAUAAAAUAGAGGGUUUGUUUCUAA